AUGUCGUCGUCGCUACAAGAGUUGAGCAAGGCUCUGAAGGUGGUGGUUGCCAUGCUGCAUCCUGGGUGGGAACCCGGUGUUUUCUCUUUCAUGCGUUUGAUGCCGGCGGGCUCGGAAGAGGAGCCCCACCAAGACUAUCAAGAGAGUGACUUGUAA